AUGUUUCCCAAUGUCAAGCCACGUGAGGCUAGCGUUGUCCUCCCCGCAACCACUGCAUCCGGCCCACUCAUUGACAUUCGAUUGCCCAGGGCCCGCUUCUCCGAAUCCAGCCAGCCUGCCAGCCAGCCUGCCAGCCAGCAUGCAAAGACUGACAGACUGACUGACUGA